CUCCAGUAAAAGUCAAAAAAAUGGAUCCAUUUAUAAUUUUCUGUCAAUUGGAUUAGUGGAUCAUCCAAUUCGAAGUGAUAACAAAAUACAUAGGUUAUUAGAAGGAGAUCUAUGAAACAUAUACAAUAAGUAUACCAUUUAAUUGUCUUAUUUCCUUUAUGGGGAAAUAAGACAAUUAAAGAACCUCCGACUAUUGGCAAAACUACAAUUGUUGUUAACCAAGGAAAAUAAUUCGUGAUAAAAAUAAGAUAUACUUAGACUACAAAAACCCGGGCUCAAAAUAUUUUUUUAUUUUGAGCCCGGAUUUUUGCCAGUAAAAAAAAAGUACUUGUAUGCGGUUCUUUUUGAAACGUAUCAAUAAGUUAGACCCAUGCUUCGAGUUGUUUCAUGCCAUAAAUAAACUCUAACACUUAAGAAAUCCGUCGGAUAGGCGGAUUCACACCUCUUACAACCAACACAGUCCUCUGUUCUUGGGGCAGAAGCAAUUUGUUUAGCUUUACAUCCGUCCCAAGGUAUCAUUUCUAAUACAUCUGUUGGGCAGGCUCGUACACAUUGAGUACAUCCUAUACAUGUAUCAUAAAUCUUUACUGAAUGUGACAUUGGAUCAUAAUCCUUGAACAUCAAAAAUUCAACAAUUUCAAUCUAGUAAAUGGGUAAACCAAUUCUAUAUAGGAUAUAUAUAUAUCUAUAUUAUAUACCAGAUGAAUCAAUGAUUUAUAAGAAUUUUGCUACUAAAAAUAGGUUUAUAGAAAAUCGCAUAGUAUUGUUAGAUUCAUUAGGAUAUAAACAAGCAGUUUUUUUAGUGCCAAAAUGAAUAAUACCAAAAACAAGAUGUUUUAUAUUUUUUAUAUUUUGAUUAACGCGAUGUAGAUAUCUCUUCCGGAUAAAAAAAGAAGUGAUUUCAUUCUUUUUGAUUCUUAGUAAAACUAAUAAAAAAAUUUCGUUUUUUCUUUUAAGUUUUACUUGUUUCUUCCCCCAUAAAGAUAUUGAAUAGAAUGAACUAUUUUUUUUUCCAUUAAAAUUCAAAAAAUGAACGUCUAAAUAUCCUUCAAAAACAAGUAAAUAAAUUCGAAACAUAUAAAAUGCACGACUUUUCAAAGUUCGAUGAACAGUCUCUUCCAACCCUUUUUGAGAAGGUUCGUCCUCGUCUUUUUCGACGAUAUCUUAGUUUACAGCCGAUCAUGGGGGGAGCAUCUGAAGCAUGUGGAGACGGUGUUGUCCGUCCUGGAGCGUGAUGGCUGGGUGGCAAAUAAGGGGAAGUGUGAGUUUGGGUAGACUAAAGUAAGGUACUUGGGCCAUGUGAUUUCGCAAAAAGGGGUCGAAAUGGAUGCGGAAAAGGUAUCGGCAGUAAAGGAGUGGGAGAGACCGAAAACUCUGAAGGGGCUGAGAGGGUUCUUGGGGCUAAUGGGGUAUUACCGGAAGUUCGUAAAAGACUACGGCAAGAUCGCCAAACCGUUAACGGAGUUGUUAAAAAAAGGGGGAUUCGUUUGGAACGAUAAGGCAGAGGAGGCAUGGGAAAAUCUGAAGGAAGCAAUGACGACGGCGCCCGUGUUAUCCUUGCCAGAUUUUCGGCAGCCGUUCCAUAUUGAAUGUGAUGCAUCUGGUCGAGGAGUCGGAGCGGUGCUGAUGCAGAAUAAGAAACCUAUCGCCUACUUCAGCAAGGCGUUGUCGGAGAGGACGCUAAGUAAGUCAAUUUACGAGAAGGAAUUAAUGGCGCUGGUGAUGGCCAUUCAACACUGGAGGCCAUAUCUUCUGGGUCAGCGAUUUGUGGUUCACACCGAUCAGAAAAGUCUAAGACACUUGCUUGAACAGCGCAUCACUACCCAAAACCAACAAAAUUGGAUUGCAAAGCUGAUGGGGUACGAUUUUGAGAUCGUAUAUAAGGCGGGUACGUUGAAUCAGGUAGCUGAUGCUUUGUCGAGAAAAAAAGAAGAGGAAGGCACGGAGGAGGGGGAACUCAGGGUGGUGGCUAGACCGUACUGGCAAGAUUUUGAAGAAGUAACCAGGGAAGUGGCAGCGGAUCCGAUUUUGCAGAAAGUGGUGGAAGAAAUCAAAGCAGACCCGAACACCCAUCCUGCGUAUUCUCUGGAGAAUGAAAGGCUUCAUUACAAGGGCCGGCUGGUGUUGUCAGCCAAAUCUUCGUGGAUUGCCACAUUAAUAGCAGAAUUUCACGUAACGCAGGCAGGAGGCCAUUCCGGAGUUUAUCGAACCUACCGGAGAAUCGCUCAAUCCCUAUUUUGGAGGGGGAUAAAGAAAGACGUGACCGAGUUCGUAGCACGAUGUAGUGUAUGUCAGCAACACAAAUAUCUGUCUUCUUCUCCUCAGGGGUUAUUGCAGCCAUUGCCGAUUCCAAACGCGGUGUGGGAAGAUUUGAGCUUAGAUUUCAUUGUAAGGCUACCCAAAUCCAGAGGGCAUGAUGCGAUAUUAGUUGUGGUGGAUCGUUUGAGUAAGUACGCCCAUUUUCUGCCCUUAAAACAUCCUUACACAGCCCGAACGGUUGCUGAGGUUUUCACGCGGGAGAUUGUUCGGUUACAUGGGAUUCCUCAGUCGGUGGUAAGUGACCGAGACCCCUUGUUUCUUAGUCUUUUUUGGAAAGAACUCUUUAAGGGAUUGGGGACGAAGCUGAAAAUGAGUACGGCUUACCAUCCCGAGACGGACGGCCAAACUGAAGUCGUGAACAGGGUGCUAGAAGGAUACCUCCGAUGUUUUUGUUCGGAGCAACCAGCAGGAUGGAUGGCGGUCUUACCUUGGGCUGAGUAUUGGUAUAAUACCAACUAUCAAGGAGCUAUAAAGUGCACCCCAUUUGAGACAGUCUAUGGGAGGCAACCUCCCUCGUUGCAUAGAUACAUUCCGGGAGAAACUUUAGUUGAGGCAGUGAGUCAAGAGCUUUUGACCCGUGAUGAGGCUUUGAGACAGUUGAAAUUUCAUUUGGAGAAGGCACAAGAACAGAUGAUAAGGCAAGCGAACAAGAAAAGGAAACCAACGAAUUUUGAAGUGGGAGAUUGGGUUUAUCUAAGGAUAAGACCCCAUAGGCAGACUUCAAUGCCAACUAGGCUGCACCCAAAAUUGUCGGCGAGGUACUUUGGGCCGUUCCAGAUCAGUCAGAGAGUAGGGGAGGUAGCUUACAAGUUGCAGUUACCAGAUACAGCGCGGAUCCAUCCCGUUUUUCACGUAUCCCAAUUAAAAAAGGCUAUAGGGGAGCGAAGGGUAGAAAAGGAAUUACCGCGAGAAUUGCAAGCAGAAGGGCCGUCUUUCUGGCCAGUGGGAGUUUUGGGGAGAAGGCAAGCUCAACAGGGAAAGAAGACAGUGCCACAAUUGCUGAUUGAGUGGCAGGAAGGAGGUUCGGAUGGGGCAACUUGGGAGGAUGAGGCAACUAUCAGAGAACAAUAUCCUGACUUCAACCUUGGGGACAAGGUUGAAUUUCAGGCGGAGGGUAUUGAUAGACCUGAAAGGAAUAAGGGGAAGUGGAUAGUGUACGAGAGAAGGAAGAGGCACAACUGAUGCGAUUAACUAACUAACGGUCUGGCACUUAACUGCCUUUAGCAGUUAAGUGAGGAGGGAAACCAUUAUAAAUAGGAGAGUUAGUGUAGGAGGGGGGACUUUUGGUUAAUUGUUUGUUAAACAGGUUCUGUCCUGGGGAGAGGGUUAGGCCUCUAUUGUUCAUUGUAUAGAGAUAUUCUUUUGUGAAUAAAAGAGAUCUUUCUUCAUUACCUGGUGUUUUUGGUGUGAGUUUGGAGUAUUGAUUAGGUUCGUUGUGGAGGAUUCUAUCAAUAUAGGUAUUGGUUAUUAAAUUAAAUUAUUCAUAAUCAUUUAAUAUAUAGAUUUGUGUCCUACAUUUUGGAGACUACACGUGUUGAAGAGUCUGCGUCGUGUUCAGUGUUUAUGCCAGAAUUUGUGCUACGUAGGUUACAGCUGAAUUAGCCUUAGGACAGUUGUUGCUUUACUGCUUUGUAACUGACUUGUAAUGGACUAGCAUUCUGUACUAAUGCCCAAGAUGGCAGCCGUAGGUCGAUAGACCUAAUGAUAAGCAAUAAGUUGCAACUUUUAAACCUUGUAAUUAAUGGGAUGAGAAUAUAUAAUGCAUGAUAGAUUUUGGGACACUUUUUUUCUCGUUGUAUUGUUAUGGAAGCAUUAGUUUUGUUUUUUUUUUUCUGUUAAAUUUCUAUAAUUCUAUUGUGUCAGUUUGGUGUUUCUGGACCAUCAUGAUCACUUCAGCUUAAAUUAUCCAUGUAUGCAGGGGCAUUGACCUUUUGCUUAUACUAAUGAUUUCAAGUUACUUCAAGAUUUUUCUUGUCGCCAUGAUGGUCUGGGAGUUUCCAUCUUCAGUGAUCGUCAUCAUCGAAUUAUUCUGUUUAUCAUCGAAUGCUGUUGCAUUGAAAG